AGGCAGACACAGAGAUAAAAAAAUCAACGCGCCUUUAAAUAGAACCAUAUUGUCAUUCUGACUGCUGUUAUCUGACUGCGACAGUGGCGACGGAUCCGCUCGUCAUCCAGUGCCUCACUGCGCAACCGAAGAAAUCCACUUUAUAUUUUUUCAUACAGUAUAUUCUAGCUUAGUAAACAUGCCUAGCAAGAGAAAGAAGAACAAGCGCCGAAUGAGAAGAGUGCAGGCCCAGAGAAGGGCCCUGGAGGAGCAGUACGCCUCCUCUGGAAAGGGAACCCCAGGAGUGUGUGCUGUUUCUGCCCCAGUUCCUGCACGGGUUGCUAAACUUCCUAAAACUUCAGAGUGUCGUGUUUCGGUUCCAAUUCCCCUGGCUUUGGUUGCUCCAGUUGAUGUUCCCGCUGAAGAUCCUCCUGUAGAGCCGGUCGUGUUAGAGGUCCCAGUAACGGAUGCUGUUAAAGACGAAGUGGUGAAAGCUGCAGAGGACCUAGGACAAAGCCUAGUAGAACCUCCUGCAGAAGAGCCAGCCGUGAUUGAAGAUGAAAGUGUCACCGUUCCAUUAUCAGAGGCCAUAUCAUCUGUAGAUGAGCCAGUGUCCAUCCCUGCAGAAUCUGAGAUCCAGUUUGAGGACACUACAUCUGUAGCCACAGAGACGCAUGUUUUAGCUCAACCUGUCGAGACAGUUGACACCGAGCAUGUAGUCGAAGCUGAGCUUCCUGCUGAGGAUCCUGUGGUAGAGGUGCCAGUGCCAGAGGAGACGGUGACCACAGCUGAAACUGUUGCUGCAGUUGAAACUGUGACAGAAACAGUAGUAACUGAAGUUAAGCCUGUUGCCGAUGCCGCAGUAGAAGUCGACGGGCAUGUUGUCGGGGUCGUGGGAGAGCCUGCCAUCGAAGGCGAAGCCAUAACUGUUGAAACUGAGCCUGUAGAAGUCAACAGAGUUGCAGAAGUCACGGAGGAUAUACGUGCAGAGCCUGAACCAGAAGAGUUUCCAGUGGAAGCUGCAGUACCUACAGAUGCUUUAGUGGAACCAGAGCCUGAGCAGCAGCAGCAGCAGCAGCAGACAGUCCCAUUGGAGGAACCUACGCCUUCGGUCGAGUCCACUAGUGACCCCAUCGCUGAAGAAUUUGUUGUGAACGAGUCAGUCGUAGCUGUUGAAACAACUGUUAAAGAGGAACAGAUUCCUGAAACAACCACAGAUGCCCCCGAGGUUCCAUCAGAGGCACUGGCAGAAACGAUUCCUGCUCCUGAGCCUCUGCCUCUGCCUGUGCCUGUGCCUGUAGUAAAGGAGAUUAUACAAGCUCAAGAUGAAUUCAUGGCACAAGUGGAAACUGAAACCAUAAAGGACUUGGCAGUGACUGGUGGCCUAACUGUGGAUGCCAUCAAUGGAUGUCUGGGAGCUACCGAAGUUGCAAUUGAAGGUUAAAGUGCCUACGGUGAGGAUGAGUUGGCUGAAACAUCAUGCAACAUUGCAAAGUGCCUUACUGUGUUGAUCGUCACCUGAAAUAUGACAAGGAUUUGUGGCUGUUCUUCGCUGGUGGAGUUUUUCUGAGCUUCUGAUUAAUAUUCUUCAGUUUCCAUAUGCAUGUACAGUAGAUUUUCAGGUGUUAUACAUUGCAAACUUAGUAAAGAAAAAUAGAGGGGUGUUGCAAAUUUCUAUGUUUUUACUUGGACCAUUUUGUAAUGGGGAAUGAAUACUUGUUGUAUUUGUUUCAUUUGAUAAAAUGAUUUGGAGUGGAGUGCUUCCUCAAUAGAGCACCAUUUCACUAUACCAUCACCACAUUUUCUGUGCCCCCCUCAACCAUUCACAUGUGCCUUUCUCCAAAUGAUUAAUAAAGGGAGUUUGAGAAAAAAAAA